AUGAACAAAGAGAAGCCUGAUAUUGAGCACGUAGAACAUAGAAAAGACGAAAAGAAUGUUGAAAUUGGUAUUCAAUCGAUCCCUUCGUUAGAUGUUGAUGGGAAACCUGUUGAAGUUUCAGAAGUGGAGCGCCCUAAGUUACUCAGUAGACAAUUGAUACCACUUUAUUGUUGCUGCCUAAUUGUUUAUUUCUGUUCUACCAUGAAUGGAUUCGAUGGUAGUUUAAUGGGUAGUAUUUAUACAUUGCCAGACUACCUUGAGUAUUACAAUUUGGAUAUGAGUUCAACUGGCACUGGUCUUAUUGUCUCUAUAUAUUACAUUGGACAAAUAGUUGGAGCUUUUUUUUGUUCCUUGAUGGACUGGAAGGGAAGGAAGGUCGCAAUUCUCACAGGCUGUAUUGGUGCUUGUAUUGGCGCGGUGAUUACUGCAGUUGCAAAAGAUACGAAAACGUUAAUCGGUGGUAGAUUUUUUCUUUCUAUGUGUACUACUAUUGCCGUUGCCGCUGCUCCAGCUUAUUGUGUUGAAAUUGCUCCCUCACAUCUCAGAGGUACUGUUGCUGGUCUUUACAAUACUCUUUGGUAUGUGGGGUCCCUUGUAGCUGCAUUCACGGCUUAUGGCGCAGAUUUAAAUUAUCGUGGUUCUACCAAAUCAUUCAAACUUCCUCUCUGGUUGCAAAUAAUUUUUCCUGGUAUAGUGGUAUUAUUUGGCUGGUUUAUUCCUGAAUCUCCUAGAUGGUUGGUUGGAGUUCACAGAGUUGAUGAGGCUAGAAAAAUUAUCGCCAAGUACCACUGUAACGGUGAUGAAACUCACCCAUUGGUAGAUCUUGAAAUAGCAGAAAUGAUUGACUCCUUUAAUGAUGUGAAACUUUCUGAUCCUAUUAAGGUCCUUGACAUGAGACCUUUAGUCACAAAACGUUCUGAUAGAUACAGACUCGGAUUGGUUAUUGCAAUGGCAUGGUUUGGACAAUUCUCAGGAAAUAAUGUUGCAUCUUACUAUCUUCCAACAAUGCUCAACAAAGUUGGUAUGACUUCAGCUUCAACUAAUGUACUCAUGAAUGGUAUUUACUCUCUUGUUUGUUGGUUUGCCUCCAUAUUAGGGUCAUUUUCACACGAUAAGGUGGGUAGAAGAAAAAUGUUCAUGUUUUCUACUCUUGGUUCAUCGUUGAUGUUAUCGGGUCUCGCUAUAUGUACAGCCAGAUACAAUAUCACACCAACAAAUGGCGCUUCAACAGGUACACUUGUUUUUAUAUACCUUUUUGGUGUAAUUUUUUCAUUUGCAUUCACACCUAUGCAACCAAUUUACCCUUCUGAAGUUUCAUCGAAUAUUUUAAGGUCGCGUAGCAUGAUUGUUGUGUACCUUACCUCGGGUAUCGCAUCAUUUGUCAACCAGUUUUCAGCUCCCAAAGCUAUGGAAAAUAUAGGAUAUUGGUAUUACGUUUUUUUCGUCUUCUGGGAUAUAUUUGAAUUUGCUAUUAUUUAUUUCUUUUUCGUUGAGACUAGACAUAAAUCUCUUGAAGAGUUAGAAAAAAUAUUUGAAGCAAAAAAUCCAAGAAAAGUUUCCGUUGGAAAUUAUAAUGAUGAAGAUGAAAAAAUAGAGGAGGUAGAAGUAGCAAGACAAAGACAUGUUAUUGAGCUUACUAAUAAAUUUGUCAAUGAAAGAUCUGUCCACCAGGAUGUAUAA